AUGUCUGGAGUUUUCACUUAUCACAACUUCUCGUUACAGGAUACACCGUCUCUGGAGGGACAGGUGGCGGUGGUGACGGGCGGACAAGCGGGUAUUGGAAAAGAAAUCACGGCACAGCUGCUUCUCCACGGAAUCGAAAAGGUCUUCAUCGUCGCGAGGAGCAAAGACAAGUUCAACACUGCCUAUGAUGAAUGGCGAGUCAGAAAGGGAAUUGAGCUUGGCCAAGAUGAUUCUCGAGUCACCUUUAUCAAGUGCGAUCUCGGUGAUAUCGAGGAUGUCUACGCGGCGGGAAAGAUGAUUAAGCUGCAGACAGAGUACAUCCAUAUCCUAAUCUGCAAUGCAGGCCUCGGCAUCCAAAAAAUAGCCCCCCUAAACACCUACGGCAUAGACCCAAUCUUCACAACAAACUGCAUCGGCCACCAAAUCCUAACAACCCUCCUCCUCCCCCUCCUUAAACGAGGAACCUCAAAUGCCCCCCACGGCUCCAGAAUAGUAGUCGCCUCCUCCAGCCUGCACCAACUCUGCCGCCACCUGGACCUAACCAGUCUAACUCGGCCAACAAACAAAUGGCCCGCCCUCCACGACUCCGUCUGGCGCUACGCCCGCUCCAAACUAGCCAACAUCCUCUUCAGCAAGGAACUUACCCGCAGACUUGCCGAAGACGAAGACCUCGCUGCAAAAAAGGUCUAUGUUAAUUCGUAUUUCCCGGGGAACGUGGUCACGCAGCAGUGGCAGGGGUGGAGUGAGCAUUUGGGCAGGGUGAUUGGGGCUGUUAUAAGGUGGUUGGGCAGGAUGUUUGGGCAGAGUGUUGAAGAGGCUGCGGCGACGGCAGUUUAUUUAGCGACGAGUCCCGAGGUUAGUGUGCGGGACGAGAGGGGUGGGUAUUAUGUACCUAUUGCCAAGGUGGAGGAGCCGACUAGGUUGGGGAGGGAUGAGGAGAUUGGGAGGGAGUUAUGGGAUUGGAUUGAUGAUCGGGUUGCGCAGACGCUGGGAGGGUUGAAUUCUUAA